AUGGAUGACGAUGACUUCGAUCAAGUAUCUCAAAUUUUAUUUGAUGGUGUGGAUUCUCUUAGUAAUAUUGGCUCACCUGGAACUCUCAUUCCAAUAACAGAAAAUACUCGUGCUGUUCUGUGCAGUGAAAACUUUAAUAAUGUGAUCAUUGUGGCCAGUCAAUUCGAUGAGGGUCGAUGUUUAGUAUUUGCGCACAACGGCUAUACGAAGAUUUUUCUUAAUGAUGAAACAGAAGACCAAGAUUUUGUUGACAAUUGUCGACGAUGGCUCGCUCGAGGACAUGAUGCUGAAUUUCAAUCGAUCAACGAUGCAGAUUCGAUGGAUGAUGUAGAACAAGAUGGUAAAAUACUCAUAUGGGAUGGACACUACACAAAGAAUGAUGCCUUUAUGAGUGAUCUGUAUGCAUUUUUACAACAGGGUGGUGCUUUGAUUUGUGGAGCAACUGCUUGGGGUUGGUUACAAGCAAACGAUGGCAAACUUCUCUCGGAUUUUCCAUUCACACGUUUCUGUGAUUAUAUUGGUGUAAAAAUUACGGACAAUUGUAUUGAUUGUCCUGAUCCAAUUCCUUUUCAACCAGAGUUGGUGACAUUUAAAAACGUCUAUGACAUUGUUCAAAAUCUUGCCAACGAUCCGGAUAAUAUCAAAUACUUCACCAUUGUCGCGUUGGCCAUCAAAGAGUUGGACGAUACAUUUCCUGGUAUAUCAGUUGAAACCCUACAGAAUAUUGUCAUGAAUGCUGAUCAUGAUGUCAUUCCAUCGAGUAAUUGUCCGAUUCAAGAUAAGUCGUGUCGAGAACAAUCAACAGGUAUCUGUAGUAUUUUGUGUGUAUUACCUGGCAUCAAGGCUCCUGGUAACUGUGAUGAACUUCGUCGAUGGCCAUGUAUUUCUGUAUGCAAACCGUUGGCUAGCAAACAUGUUCGACUGAAUUCAGCUUUUGGUGGCCUUCUUUUUCUUGAAAGUCCUGAAGGCGAAAUGAACUCGAUCACUAUUCUUUUGCAUCAUGUUGUUCUGACCCCUACCUACGAUCUCACUGAUCCGAAUCGAGCGAAAGCAUGGCAAUAUCGACGUGACCAUGCACAAGGUCUUUGGGCAGAUAUUGCUGGUCAACAUAUCGUGUUCAAUGUUCCUUCGAAGAGUAUACUUCACUUUGAUAGUAUCCAAUUAGAUCGAGUUCUUCAGUUUUGGGAUGCUGUUGUAAUUGCUCAUCAUGAGCUAAGAGGCACAGAACCGAAACAUCGUGAGCGCAUCGUAUGCGAUGAGCAACCUUCAUUUGGCUACAUGCAUAGUGGUUAUCCUGUCGUCACGCAUAUGAACGUGUCUGAUCCAAACGCUGAAGAGUUCAUACUAGAUUCCAACGAGCUGGAGAAGAACGGCGCAUGGGGUCUAUUUCAUGAGAUCGGUCAUAACUUGCAACGAGAUUCUUGGACAUAUGAUGGUGCUACUGAAGUGACCGUGAAUAUUUUCACUUUGCACGCGAUGGAUACUAUUUGCCAUCAGCAAGUAUGGAUUCAUUCUUGGCUCAAGAGUAACAUAUCGAGCACACGGAAGUACAUAAAAGAUGGAUCAAACUUUGAUAAUUGGAAAGAGGACCCUGGCGUUGCUCUAUUUAUAUAUGCACAAUUGGCACGAGAGUUUGGUUGGGACAGUUACAAGGCUGUCUUUCGUCAAUAUGAACAAGAUGAGCCAAAUUUUGAUAGUGAUCAAGAAAAGAUUGAUCACUGGAUCGAAACUUUCUCGCGUCAAGUAGAGUACAACCUGGUUCCGCUGUUCAAAUUCUGGGGUUUUCCAAUUUCGCAAUCGACUAUCGACUCCCUUAGUGAUCUGGAAAUUCCAGAAAUCUCCGAUGAAUUCAUCAAGAUGGCACCAGAACGUUAUCAAGCAUAG